AAAAAAAAAAAAAAAAAAAAGUUCUUUGUAAAUUGUAACAUGUUACAAAACUAUUACGUGAUACCAUUUUAUUUCCAGCUUUUGUAACUGUUGUUUCUCAAUUAUAAAUGUAAGUAUGUAAGUAUGGGCUUGGCGCCGGUAACUCAGUGGUUAGGGUGGCGGCCACAUGUACCGGGGCUGGAGGGUUCCAACCUGGCACGGGCCUGCUAAACAACAAUGACAACUAUAGCCGGGUGUUGUGGUGGGUGCGUAGUCCUAGUUACUGGAAGGCUGAGCCCAGAGAAUCAGUUGAGCCCAAGAGUGUGAACCUGCUGUGAGCUGUGACACAUGGCACUUACCGAGGACGACAAAGAGCUGCAUGUUGGAAUGGUUUACAGCCAUUAUAAUGGAAGCAAAAUCCAUGAAGGAAAACGUUGUUUUUAUGGCAGCACAUUGCUUCUGACUUCUAGUUGCAGAUGGUUUUCUUUGCCUAAGAAAAUUUGUGAUGUAAAUGAAAAGAUACUUUUUUCCUAGACUUGUCGGUUACAAAUAUGCUUCGUCUAAAAGCUAUUUGUCCAUUCUUCUGGAGAUCAUUUCAAUUUCGACCUUUCAGUUGUGAAUCAUUAAUUAUUCAGAUGAGUAAGUGUACAGAUGAAGAGCAAAUAUUUCAUCUUAUUGAAAGAAACAAAGCCACACUUUCAGAAAAGCAAGUGGGAUAUGCAUUUAAUAUUCUUUGGCAGCUUCAAAAGCAGAAGACUAAUUUGUUAAAAAAUGUUGAAUAUGUCAGAGAUCAUCCCCAAUUUCUUACUCUUCAUAAUUUAACUAUAAAUAGAUUCAAAUUAAUGAAUGAUGAUACCCUGGUGAAUGUGUUGUACAUCACACAACAGUUUGCUGUUGAGGCCCAUGACCCACUAGUUGAAGCACUAGUUACAGAAGCAUGGAGAAGGCUGGAAAGGUUUGAUAUUAACAUGCUGUCAAAAUUUUCCUCCUACCUGGUGGAUCAACAUUUGCAUCUUAGUCCAUUAAUGGGAAAAAUAGCAAAUAUUGUGCAAAAGAACCUGGAAAUCAUACAGGACUUAAGGUCCUUAUCUAUCUUGAUGGUCAACAUAUCUUCUUUAAUAUCACGACAUUUUCAAGAACAAUUAGUGAACAAAACUGAACUUCUUUUUGACACCAUAGAUUCUUCUGAGGUUGACAUCGCAAGAAGAAUAGUACAGUUUCUUCAAAAUGUUAAAUAUAAUCAUCCCCUGCUGUUAGAACGUUGUAAUAAAGUAUUUUUAGGUAAUAUGAACAACCUUGAUUUGGAUUCCAUCAGUACACUACUUAGUCUAUACCAGUUUCUGCAGUUUCAUAGUUUUGAGUUUAUUACGAUGGCUAAAAAGAGGCUCACUGAAAUGAUUCCUCUGUUUGAUCACCCGGCUAGUUUUGUAAAAUUAUUUGUGGCAUUGGGACCCAUGGCAAGACCUGAAGAAAAGAAACAACUGAAAUCAACUAUGUUACUGAUGUCGGAGGAGCUGACCAGCCAGCAAGCCCUAGCAGUGUUGGAAGCAAUGAAAGAGAUGGAAAGCAGAAAUUCACAUCUGAUUAAAAAAAUUGCCUCAGUUCUACAUAAACAUUUGGAUGACUAUAAACCAAAAGAGUUAUUGAAGAUAAUUCAAGCAUUGAUUUUUCUACGUUUUCAAAGUAAGGCACUUUUUGUGAAACUCAGAGAAUUACUGCUUAGUUACUUGAAAAUUAGUUUCAUACCACAUGAGAUUUCCAUUCUGGUCUGUGCCCUUUCCUUGCUUCCUUCUCCUCAUCUGGAUGAAGUGGGGAUAUCACGAAUUGAAGAAAUUUUACCCCAGUGUCACCUAAAUGACCUGAAUUAUUUUGCCACAUCUAUUUUAAGAUGGAUUCAGUAUGAUCAUAUGUAUUCCAAUAGUAUUACUGUGAAACAACUGAAACUACUUAAAAAAUUAAAUCACUGUGGUCUUCAGAAACUACAACAAAGCAACAGUUUAAACCUAUUAUGGGAAGAUCUUAGAUUUUCCAAAGGAGAAUGGCUUCUUGACUCACUUCUUGAAGAAACAAUUGCUACGUUACAGCGUUUGAUGGAAGGAAUUAAUUACAAAAAUGUUACAGGGAUCGCAUCUUUUAUUUCAAGAACUAACUACCUCAGUACUUUGCUACUUGAUAGGAUAGCCUCAGUGGUUGUUCAGCAGAUUGAAAAGAUCCAUCCUUUUGCAAUCUUUACUAUUAUUCUCCCAUUCAGCAUCUUGAACUAUGAUCCACCUCAAAGAGAUGAAUUUUUUGGAACUUGUAUGCAACGCCUUAAUUCUCACUUAGGUACACUGGAUCCUCUAAUGUUAGUGUUUCUUGGUUUCUCUUUGGCCACACUUGAAUAUUUUCCAGAAGAUCUACUAAAGGCAAUUUUUAACGUCAAAUUCUUAGCUAGAUUGGAUUCCCAACUUGAAAUUUUAUCUUCAUCUCUGCAUAAGAGGGUCCAGUUUCGUCUUAUGGAGUUAAAUAGAGCAGUCUGCUUGGAAUGCCCUGAGUUUCAGAUUCCAUGGUUUCAUGACCGCUUCUGUCAACAAUAUAAUAAAGAUAUUGGCAGCAUGAAUGGAGCACAACAGCAGAUUUAUAAAAUGAUAGCAGAGGUCCUAGGAGGAAUCAAUUGCGUAAAAGCCUCGGUUCUUGCUCCUUAUUACCACACAGUAGAUUUUGAGUGUAUCUUGGAUAAAAGAAAAAAACCUCUUCCUUAUGCAAACCAUAAUAUAACUUUGGGAAAACUACCAGAAAUACAUUGGGAAUCAAACACUGAAAUAGUUGGAUCAAGGUUGCCACCAGGCGCUGAAAGGAUUGCUUUGGAAUUUCUGGAUUCAAAAGCUUUUUGUAAAAACAUCCCUCACAUAAAAGGAAAAUCUGCUAUGAAAAUACGACAUUUGGAAAUUUUGGGCUAUCGUGUAAUUCAGAUCCCUCAUUUUGAAUGGAACUGUAUGGCGCUGUCAACAAAGGAUGCUAAGAUGGACUAUCUGAGAGAACGUAUAUUUAGAGAAGGCAAAUCAUGAUUGUAGUUUUUAUUUAUGUAGGCCAGCUAAACAACAAGGACAACUACAACAACAAAAAAAAAUAGCCAGGGUGUUGUGGCAGGCACCUAUGGUCCCAGUUAUUUGGGAGGCUGAGUCAGGAAAAUCGCUUAAGCCCAAGAGUUGGAGGUUGCUGUGAGCUGUGAUGCCACAUCGCUCUACAGAGGGUGACAUAGUGAGACUCUGUCUCUAAAAUAAAAUAAAAUAAAAUAAAUAAUGAAUUA